CAGCAUGCACCUGGGUGAGCAGCGAGUCAGCACAGCACAGGGUGAGCAGCCACAAGACAAUUGUACGUGUUUGUUUCCUUCUUUGAAAUAAAGUGACGCAAACAGAAGGAACAGAUUGUCUGGACAACCUUGCUGCGUAAGAGAAACAAACCAGUGGGCGCAUCAGUGUCCCUUUGAGACAGUGUUUUAUCGGUCCCAAGGACAAAUGGCCACUACGCCGAUCAUUUAAUAUUUAGGUUCAACGCCUAAGGAGGAACGCGUAUUGGUCAAAGUCGAGCAGUCCUGAACAACGCUCGUCCAAUCCUAGCGCUUGAAUGCUACGCGGGGCGGGGCUUACAGAAACACAUCACCGGGCCUGCUUCACAGGCGCAUGCGCAACCUCCAGGCUUUCGUCAUACGGAAGAAAACACGCUGCUUGCGUCCAGCAGCCUGCCGAGUAAAAGGGCGGAAAUCUUUCAUAAAGGGUUGACAAUGGUUGAAAAUUAAAUUAAGCAAACACUGAUCUUUUCGGGAUGAACACCACGUUGAAGCACUGGAGGGAGGCGGCCACUCUCAUUUUAGCCGCAGGUCACAAGCUCGGUGCGGACAGUUUAGCGUCAAGGACACCGCUGACAGCCGCUGCAGCUUCCCCGCUGACCGGCGGCCAAGGACGGUCACACCUGCCGCACAAGUCCUGCUUUGACUACGACGUUUUACUCCUUAAACGAAGCAGUAAAAGCGGAUUCAUGCCCAAUGCGUGUGUGUUUCCCGGCGGCUUGGUGCACGCUUCGGACUUUUCGAGCGAAUGGCUGGACGUUUUCAAGACUUUCAGCAAGUCCCCUAAUUUCGGUUUGAGAAGUGUCACCCAGCCGGGAGACACGAGACCCCCGCUGUUCGCCACGGACCGACUGAAACUGGGCUCCCCCAUCCCCGGAGAGGUGGCCUUCCGCAUCUGCGCCCUGCGGGAGACGUUCGAGGAGUGCGGCGUGCUGCUGUUCGUGUCGAAACAGGAGGAGAAAGGUUUAUUAAACAGCAUAGAGAGCAGAGGAGCCCCUGAACCAGAAGGUCCACUACAUAACAAAGCAAACGAGCUGUGCAGUCGUGACCUCAACAAGUGGAGGGAUCUGGUCAACCAGAACCCCUCUAACUUCAUCCAGAUGUGCAGAGAGUUGGAGGUGUUGCCCAACAUCUGGGCUUUACACGAGUGGGGCAACUGGCUGACCCCCGAGGGCCGAUACGGCGUGAAAAGGUUUGACACCGCUUUCUUCAUCUGCUGCCUGCAGGAGAUCCCACCAGCACUCCAAGAUGACAAAGAAAUCGUGUCCGUUAAGUGGUCUACACCCUCAGAGGUUCUCCAGAACUACCAGGCACAGGAGUUUUGGAUCGCCCCUCCACAGGUCUAUGAGAUCAGUCGCAUGUGCCGCUUACCUCUGCUGAAUGACCUCCACAACUUCUCCAGCCGGCGGGCCACAGAGGGCUGCGAACAGCUGCUGCCUGUCCUUUCCUCAAAAGAUGAACACUUCACAGCACUGCUGCCAGGUGACAGAUGGUACCCGUCGGCCACCUCAGGGGAAGCUGCGUCGGGUACGAGCUCAGAUCCUAAGCUGGAGGAUCCUCAGGAGGAAGAGUCGUCACUGCACCGCAUCGUGACAGUCGAUCCGUACACGAUAACUCUACAGAUCAAUAUCACUCCCAAGUACAACCAUCUACUACCCGUCUUAGGGCAGACCUUCCCGUAUGACUCAAAAAGUAAGCUUUGACACGCCGGUCUUUUGAGAACUCGUCUUUGUACAUCCAAGCCAGCCCCCCCCGGCAUUGUGUUUGGGGUAUUACUGUUUCUAAAUCCUGGUGUGUCGAGGCUUCAAGCCGGGACAGUGUGACACGUGCACAAUACUGGAAACCUGAAACUGAAACGGCUUCAGUCGCAGUUGAUUUUAACAUUAACACCGGUUGCAUUUGCUACUGUGACAAAACGUCUUCAGUGGCAACGGUUUAUUGAGCUUAGACUCUUUUUCCUGCAGUUCAUCUCCUUUUAGGAGGGUUAUAAAUCCUGGAAGAUUUUGAGUAUAUAUUUUUUGGAUCAGUUGUAAUGCCUGUGAGCUCUGUGAGAGAUCUUUGUUCACUCCAUGCACGGAGAGGCUUUGUGCCACGAGAGGGAGUUGAAGACCAAGUGCAGUUUCUGCUCCACAGUACUUCAGCUCCAUAGUGUUGAUCACAGUAUACUGUGUGUAGAGAAGCAUUUCCUUUUCUUAGAUCUCCUCAUUCUGCUGCCUACUGUAUGAUUUAUCAAAUGUGACAAUACUGACAACGACCAUGAAGACUACCGCUCACUCCUUUUACCCUUUGAAUAUUACAGCUUCCACUACCAAUAACUACAAUAUCUUAUACCACACCAUAUGGUAUAUGGCCAUAUAUUAUUCAAAACAUAGUACUAUUACUAGUGUAUGAAUAUGAUAAUGGAAGCACAGUAUCAGGUUGCAGUUUUGUUUAACAAUGCUGUACUGACAUCUGGUGGACAAUUGGGACCUUGGUAUAGUCAAAUCAAUUAUUUUUGUAGCUUCAGAUGUAAAAGAUUGUAAAGUUUCCCUGCAGUAAGCCUCUCACACCCACCAAUCCAAGAGUUCUUUGUAGCUUUUUUCCACAUGGUUAAGUCCAUAAUGUUUAGACUAUCAGAUUCAUAACCAUUUAUCUUCAGUUGUGUAGUCGAAAACAAAUAUAUUAUUUCAUAAUACUGCAUAAUCACACUCCACUAACUGUGUGUGACUGUACCUUGAGAGAGCCUGUAACCCUACAAUAGAAAGUAUAUGAUGUAAUAGUCAGGUCAGGGAAAUACAGUGCGGUUAUUUGCUCAAAUCAGAAAUACACAAAAAUGUCCACUUUGUGCUCAAUAAGAUGUAUAUAUUUAAUAAACACCAUAGCUUCCACAA